AUGGAUGAGUAUCUCUUCAUUAUUCUCAUCGUCCUCAAAGGAAAGGGCCCGGGACUCCAUUUUUGGUUCACUCCUACCCGGUUAUCGGCAUCUCCCGAGGAAGUCCAAGAACCUCAUGAGAGCUCCCAGCGCCAACCUUCGCCUCGCACUCCGUCAACCAUCUCGACUCCGCUCUCCGAAAUCCACUCAUUGACACGGAUCAACGCCGAAGGCCAUCGCCCGCCUGAAGACCAGAGUUCUCCCGGAGAGGAGAGUGUUGGUCAACCCCGGAGUGUUCUUGGAGAUCACAACUCCCACGGAUAUCUGAACUUUGGAGCAUUCGACGGUUUCCCUGACCAGGGCCUCUUCAGCUGGAACGACCGAAAUCCAAACCUCAAUGAUGCCUGGAGCGACCACACCGAUGUCCAGGCAGGGGAAGUAAUUGAGCUAGAGGGGCUCAGAUCUACCUUGAAGGCCAUCUGGCGACAACAUGACCUCUCGCGCAAUCCCUUCCGUCCCCGGCCCAAGCACUUGAAACAGGCUCGCGUUCGGUUCCCGCUUGGUUAA